AUGAAAAGUCUCCACUUGUCACAUGCCAUUCUUUUUUGGAUCUUGUUGAUUGCUCUGAUCGUGAAGGCUGUACCAAUCAACCUUCUCCACCACCGCACCACACUAAUCACAACACCAACCAACCAACGUAUCACUGCUUCUUCUUCUUCCGAAUAUACUCCGAUCGAGGUUCAUUUAGCUUUCACUCAAAUUUCCAAUCAAAUCGUUGUCUCGUUUCAUACAUUAAAUUACAAUGAAAAAUUGUUGGGAUCUCCAAUGAUUAAAUUAUCAAAAGAUCCAAAUUUGAUUCGAGAGGUUCAAGUGGCAUCGAUUGGAAGUGUUGUCACACAAUAUGGAGAAGUCUCUCAUACUGGAUAUGAUUUUAAUGUCUUGUUGACGAAUUUGGAAUAUGACACUUUGUAUUAUUAUCAAUGCACUUUUAGAAAUGGAAAUGUGUCAAGUGACAUUUAUCAUUUUCAUACAAGAACUGAUCCGAAUAGACCUGAGAGUUAUGAAACAACUGUCAUUUCAUAUGGUGAUCAAGGAAUUUUAAAUAGCUAUUAUGUCAUGGAACGUGUGAAAGAAUUCAUUUCGAAUUUUUACAAUUCAAGCAGUAAGAAUAAGAACUUGUUUGUUUAUCAUUUGGGAGAUAUUUCAUAUGCCGAUGAUUAUCCUGGUUUAAUUUAUCAAGCUGUUUGGUCUUGGUACAUGCACAAGAUGACACCCAUCAUGCCAUACGUUGCUUAUAUGGUUCUUCCUGGAAAUCAUGAAAUGGGUCCCUUACAUCAUCCUUAUUAUUCCUUUGAAUUAGGAUUCCAAGCAUUGAAUCAUCGAUUUUUCAUGCCUCUACGAAACAACUCUGCCUAUGGACAUAAUAUGUGGUAUUCCUUUGAAUACGGACCAAUUACAUUCAUUUCCAUUUCAACCGAAACAAAUUAUCCAAAUAACUUUUUCCCUGAAUAUGUAUUUAAGGGUGAUCAAUUGGCAUGGUUGGAACAAACAUUGUCUAACAUUGAUCGAAAACGUACUCCUUGGAUCAUUGUCACUGGUCACAGACCUAUUUAUUCGAGUGCUUUUGGUUAUAGCAAUUCACAUGGAAUUCCAGAUGGACAAAGUGUUCCAAUUCAAAAUGCAUUUGAGGAUUUACUUGUGAAAUAUCAUGUCGAUAUCAUGUUAGUGGGUCAUGUGCAUUCCUAUGAAAGAACAUAUCCAGUCUACAAGACACAAGUAGAAAGAAAGGAUAAUUUCCAUAAUUUGAGAUAUCCAAUUCACAUUGUCAAUGGAGCUGGUGGUUGCAUUGAAGGUCUCACCUGGAGUUUCUCCUAUCAUUGGGGCAUCAACUGGAGUGCUCACAUUUACAACAAGGAUGAAGGUUACGGAGUGUUAAAAACUUCCUUCAAUCCUCAAACAAAAAUUCACUCCUUGUCCUUCUCUUUCUAUUCCGCUGGAGAAAAUCAAUUAAUUGAUUCAGUGACCAUCACCAAAGAUCAACACGUGUUGUAA